AUGGAUGGAUUGAGUGCUGGUGCCAGUGUGAUAGCCGUUAUUUCGCUAGCCGCCCAGCUCGGCGCCGGCGCCCACACUUUGAUCAAAUUCCUCAAUACCGUGUCAGACGCACCAGCCGAGAUACAGCGCCUCGAGAGCCUCCUUGAUCAAAUCUAUGCGAUCGCAACAUGUGUUCGGAAUGCCCUCGAAUAUCAGCGCAAACUCCACGGUGAGGAGCACAUCUUGGCAGACGAUGUUCACAUAUCGUUAUUGAAUUGCCGGAAGAAGGUUCAGGGAAUUGAGCAUAUUUUGUCGAUCGAUUCAAAGAAACCGAGAAAGGUCGCACAGUGGUCAGUCGGAAAUGGGCGUCGUCAAGUUGGCUUUGAAGGAGGAUGUGCUUGGCCUUGA